AAGGAACGAUCAACACAAAAAUCUAUUAUUAUUAUUAUUAUUAUUAAAAAGUACGAAGUAAGGGGGAUUAACGAAAAAUUGGAAGUGUGUCCUGUGGAAUUCAGGAAGACCUUCGAACUUGAGUGUGUCACAUUACUCGACGCAUCCGGUGUUCGCAUUUGAGGGACUGGUAUUAUUGAUCGACCUCGUGUGUCCGAGAGAGGGUAGUUCCAAAGUGAGGAGAAAGAGGGUGGAAGAAGAAAAGGGUGGAAGGAAAGAAAGGAUCAGAAAUAUACAAAAGAGAUCAAGAGAAAUUCUCAAUUAAAUUCAAUUAAACUGAACUAACAAAUACAGAGAGAACAUUAAAUUCUAUAAUAAUUUAUUCAAAUUUUAUUCACGAACGCGUUAAAAAUAAACAAAAUCCCGUUUUUGGUUUUCCAUACAGUGACAACAUUGAUUAAUAAUAUAUUUUAUUUUUUCCGUUGACACUCGCGUAUUUCGUUUUUAAAUGGCGUAUUACAAUUGUGAAGAAGAAAAAAGAGGAAAAUUUAGAAAAAUCAUGGCGGGAAGAAUAAAUAUGAGAAGUUUAUUAAUAUUAAUCGCUAUUGUUGCGAUGUUUAUCGUGUUCGAGAAAACUGAUGCAGCACCAACUGCCAAUAUUUCGGAUCUUUCUGCUAUGAGAUACCUCUCGCAGUAUGGAUAUUUACCAUCCGUCAAUCCUGAAAAUGGUGGAAUCAUUUCGGAGGAAUCGAUGUUUCAAGCUAUCUCAGAAUUUCAAGCACUUGCUGGAAUCAACAUAACUGGUUCCAUGAACGAAGAAACGUCUUAUUACAUGUCUUUAUCAAGAUGCGGUGUUAAAGAUAAAGUAGGACCAAGUUACGAUGGAAGAUCGAAAAGAUAUGCACUCCAAGGAUCAAGAUGGCGAGUUAAAAAAUUGUCGUACAGGAUAAGCAAGUAUCCUGCUGGUUUGGUUAGAUCCGAAGUGGACAAAGAAGUUGCCAAAGCUUUUGGUAUUUGGUCUCAAUACACCGAUUUAACGUUCACAGUUAAACCUACAGGCUCGGUUCACAUCGACAUCAGAUUCGAAAUUGGUGAACACGGAGACGGUGAUCCUUUCGAUGGUCGUGGUGGUACUUUGGCUCAUGCUUAUUUCCCAGUUUAUGGUGGUGAUGCCCAUUUCGAUGACGCCGAACAGUGGACGAUAAACAGUUAUCGUGGUACAAAUCUUUUCCAAGUGGCAGCUCAUGAAUUCGGACAUUCACUUGGAUUAAGUCACAGUGAUGUUAAAGCUGCCCUCAUGGCACCAUUUUAUCGUGGAUACGAACCCAAUUUCAAUUUGCAUUCAGAUGACAUCGAGGGCAUUCAAGCUCUGUAUGGAAAAAAAUCUGGUUGGAGACACGGGCCAACAAAUAUUCAUCCAACAUCGAUACCACCAACCGGUGAAGAAGAUCCAGAACUUUGUAUGGAUCCUAAAAUCGAUACGAUAUUUAAUUCGGCAGAAGGACACAUUUACGUUUUCAAAGGAGAACAUUAUUGGAGAUUAACAGACGAUGGUAUAGCAAGUGGCUAUCCUAAACGAAUUAGUAAUUCUUGGAAGGGUCUUCCGGGUAAUAUAGAUGCCGCAUUUACAUUCAAGAAUGGUAAAACUUAUUUCUUCAAGGGAUCAAAAUAUUGGAGGUAUAUAGGAAAACACAUGGACGGACAAUAUCCGAAAGAAAUAAGCGAAGGAUUCACGGGAAUACCUGACAAUAUCGAUGCAGUUACAGUAUGGACUGGAAAUGGAAAGAUUUAUUUUUACAAAGGAACGAAAUUCUGGCGAUUCGAUCAAGUACAAAAGCCACCAGUUAAGAGUACUUAUCCAAAACCUAUUAAAAAUUGGGAAGGUCUUCCGGAUAAUUUGGAUGGUGCUGUGAUUUAUCAAGGAUACACGUAUUUCUUCAAGGAUAAGGGAUAUUACAGAUUCAACGAUCGAACUUUUUCAGUGGACAGUGCCGAGCCAGCUUUUCCAAGGGCGACAGCUUAUUGGUGGUUCGGAUGCAAAUCAGCCAGUAAAGGAACGUUAGGAGGAAUAGACGAACAAUUCGUGACGUCGUCCAAUCAAGAUCGCAUGGAUUCUGGAUCGCGUAGCAUUGCCAGCGGAUCAGUUCUCAUUAGUAUUGUGACGGUGAUCAUAGCGAGGUUCGUCGUUGCAACAUAAAGUAAAUUACUUCGGAAUACGAAGAUUAUGUUUUCAACUGCGUAAAGGAAAAAGGAAAUCUAGAAAAUGACAUGGAUUCUUUAGAAAUGGAUAGAAGAAUUAUCGUCAAGAAUAUAAAUCGAAGAAACACGUAGCAAUACCAAUCAUCGUCGUAUUGAAAAAGAAAGAGAAGAAGAAGAAGAAGAAGAAGAAGAAGAAGAAGAGGACAUUAGAAGAAUGUGUGUUGGUUAUCCUGGUUUCAUAAUUCGAAACGAAACGAACGUUCCCGCGCACACGCAUUUUCAAAUGCGUUCCUUAUUAUUAUUAUUAUUCCUUAUUAUGGAUUCUCAUCAUUGACCUACGACUGGCUAUCGUUAGUAGUGAAAGUGAUUAACUUUAAUAUGCGUCAAGCUUCUCUAUUAUUGGACGGUAUACGGAAAAAAAAGAAAGAAAGAAAAAGAUAGAGAAGAGUUAAACGCAAACUGCCAAUAAAAAACGUGUGGUAAAACGUCUUGAAUAGAAGUUCUAUUUUUUUUUAGCUGAUUAUAUAGUUCACAUAUCGUACAGUGACAUAAAUAAGUAUGUAAGUAUUUUUAGUGGUACGACUUUUGAUCAAAAUAAUCCGAAAAAUAUAAACUAUUAUUUAUAUAUGUGGGGUAGUAUAUUAUAUUCUUUAUUAUUGACAAUAUUACGAGACGUUUUGUUCGUUAUGCGCAUGCGGAAUAAUUUAAUAUAAAGGGUGCUAAUUCAUGUGAUAUUAAAAUACGAUAUUUUGAAGUUAAAAUCAUUGAGAAAUUUAUUGAUUUAUUGCAAAUUACAAAUUUUUAUUUUACUGUAUUAUUAAAAUAUAUUGUAGAUCUUUUUUUGUUUAUUUAUAUAAAAAUGGGUAAAUAUAAAACCAUCUAAUAAUAUUAAACCAUCUUGCGCAGACUGUCUUACGCAGAUCAUCUUGCGCAGACCGUCUUGCGCAGACUGUCAUUCGCAAAUCAGCUUGCGCAGAACAACAAACUCAUCUCAUCGAUUCUAACCUUCAAUUAUUAGGAACUGACAAUAUAAUAUUACUACACAUAUAUAAACAGGUAUGUAGAAAAUUGAGUGAUCGUUGAACAAAGUUUCUUAUGGAAACGAUUUUCCAAUUAAAUUUCGCUCAAUAUAUUAUUUCGGAUAUUUUCGAGACACACGUAAGCCUAUCUAUUAAAAAAAUUAAGUUUUGAAAUAAUGUUCGUUCAUUAUCUCUCUCGACCGAUUAUUACUGUAUUAAUCGUCUUCUAGCUCUAAUUUACAAACUUUUCCAUAGCAAAUGUGAUUAUGCGAUGUGUAAUCCUUUUUUUUUUUAUCUAGAUUUUAAGUAUUAGGAAAUGACAUGACUUUUGAAUUUAUUAAUUUAAAGAUCUUAAAAAGAUUCAUACUUUAUGAGUAUUUUUCCAAAGUACGCUUUCAUGUAUUUCCUGAAUGUAUAUCGUAUAGUAUAAUUUAAAUAGAUAAAGUUUAAUCCUUAACACUCCGACUUCUAUUUGUUUAUAUCAACCGGCAACUUCGACUUAUUUUGCAAUGCCAUAGAUCAAUGGUGCCUGAGAGGCACACUAGGAGCGUUAAGGGUUAAUAUCUUAUGAAGGAACUAAUCUAUUAAUAAUAUUAUAUAAAAUAUUGUGUAUUAAAUAUUACAGAUAAAUUGGUUUGGAAGAAUUCUCAUAUUCAUAUCAAUUUUAUUAAAUUUAUCACUGUUCAAUGUUUUCGUGCUGGACCCUUAUUCACACACUGCCUAUUUAUUGAUUUGUACAUUACCUGCGAAAAGACUUUCUAAUAUUGUUAGGCACAAUUUGUUUUGGGUCUAGAACGUUGUAGCAUUUCGCACAAAAAAAUUCAAAGUAUAUUUCUAUAUUAAAAAUAAAAGAAAAUAUAUAUUUAAAAAAAAAAAAAUGAAAUGCAGCAGUAAAACAUUGCAACGCCAGGCAACUAUACUAUGAUUAAUAAAGAAAUGCUAUCAAAUUGUUUCUCAUAUAUGUCGACAAUACGAUAUUGUCUAAAGUAUUUGUUAUAGAAAAAAAUUAAAAUGUUACAUGAGUGUUCUAGUAUUUUAAAUUAUAUUAUUAAAAAAAAAAAAAAGUUAUGUAUUAAUUGUUGAGCGAUAAUAAUGAUAGCAAAUGAUAUAAUGUUAUUUAACCAUUCGACUGUGUUGUGAAGAAGAAUGUUGCAUAGAUCGCCUAUAGACGUCAUUCGCAGUCAAAGGAUUAAAAGAAUUAAAAAAGAAGAUACAACACGCAGAGUACACAAUACAUAUAAGUUUACAAGGAAACCAAUAAUAAUAACUUUAUAUCCAACAAUAAAAAAAUUAAUGAAUUUAAAUCACAAAUAAUAUAUAUUCAUAUUAAAACAUUCGCUAAUAGUACUCAUGUCUCACGACUAUUAAUUUACUAUUGUGUUUAAAAAGAAUUGUUAUUUUGCAAGUGCCUUAAAAAAUAUUUUUGUAACUUAUACAUUUGAUAUCUAUGACAUAAAAGAGAAAAAAUGAAAGAAAAGAAAAGAAAAAAGAAAUCAUAUUUUUGUAAUGCAUACAUCUCAUAUCUUAAUCUUUGUCUACGCAUUUGCAAAGAGAUACAUGCUUUAUUUUUUCAUGUAAAUUAAAACUAUAAAUGAAAAGAAUUUAGUUUAUAAAAAUAUAACGUUUUUUUUUUGUUAUUCUGCAACAUUUAUUUCCUCGUAAUAAAUGCUUCCAUAUUAUCGUCAAUACAUUAAACGCUAUAUUUUCAUCGAAGAACAAAUUAUAUCUCAUUACAAUAAAAGUUAUGUAUCUAUGUGCAAGAACCAAAUACUGUGUGGUUUUCAAAUAAUAUCUGGAAUGUAUUGAUCAAGUAUCAAUUUUUAUAUAGUCUAAAAAAAGAAAAUAAUACUUUGUAGUUAUAUUUCAAUAUUAACACGCUAAGAUGAAACGAAUAAUGACGAAAUUAAAAUAUAUAAUUGACCAUAAUGUAUUAUAUAUAUAUAACUAUCCAAAUUGAUAAUUAUUUUCAACCAAUAAUGCAUUUUCUUAUAAUUCAAUAAGUCUCUAAGUAGUUUGAUUGUGUAAGUGUUUUACCAGUACUUAAGUAUUAAGAAUCGUUUAAUAUGUAUAAAGUUACACUAUAAAUGACCCUGUACUAUGAUCAAAUAUUUAUUAAAUUAUGCAUUUGCUAGUUUA